AUGGCUUAUCCACCGGCUGUGUCACCAUUCGUCACAUCUCAGCCGAGACAAUACGAUAUUCAGAGUAAUUUUGGCAUGUUUCCCGGUGAACGUUUAUUUUACCAUUGCGAAUUGAAAACAGGAUGCUGUCAACUUGGUGAUGUUUAUCAUACAAGUCUAACUGAUACUCGUUAUGUAUCACGUAUAGAAUUUUGUAUUUUUUGUGGUUGUUGUUGUAAAAGACCUUAUAAUGAUACUAGUAUAUAUUUACGUGAUGUUAGUGAACUUCGUCAAGUAACCAAUAAUCCUUGCUACCGUCAAUUUUGUACACAUGAAUGUUGUACAUGUUGCUGUUGUUGCUGUGUGAUCACAAAGCGUCUUCAAUUACGUGGAUCAUUUGGUUCGCAUGUAGUUCAUAUUCAUCGUAAAGAUGAAUCAGAUUUUGAAAGUAUGAUUACAGAAGCAAUUGCUCAACAUAAACUACCUAAUCGAAACUAA